AUGAUCGAUACUCUACUCAAACAUGGAGCCACACUCUCAUUCCUAGCCUUCCUCGAAGCUUUUGAAAGGAAGGAAACCGCCGUGUUCCAGAAACUCAUCGACUAUGGCUGGGAUGUCGAUUCUACGGAGUUCGAACUACCCGCUGUGCAGCUCGUUCUGGACAAUGAACGUUUACUGCGUUGGUUUUUGGAUCACGGCGCCAAUACGAACACCAAAUCUGUGAGGCGAGGCGCGUCCUGUCUACAGCCUUGCACACCACUCGCUGCCGCAGCAGAGUUUGAUGAUGACGCGCCUCUCAAAUUGCUACUAGCUUACGGGGCUGAGAUGGAUCCGCUGGCACUUUUCCAUGCUAUUGGGGUCAGGGGUCAAGCAAACGGUAUGGCUACUACGAUCGCUUUGGUAGAGCGUGGUGCCGAUGUAAACUAUGUGGCGAGUCUCUGGGCGACUCCACUCCACCAUGCUGUCAAUUGGGGCGCAAAGGAGAAGCUGGUAUAUCUAUUGGAGAAUGGGGCUGAUCCGAGGAGAGGGUCUAGGUUGAGUGAGGAUACGCCCGCGAUGUUUGCGAAGGCGAAAAAGCAGCCGGAGUUGGUCAAGAUCUUGGAGGAGGCGGAGGCUAGGCAGGAGGAUUAG